CAGAGAGAGAAAGAGCGAGAGGGCCCCCUUUAUUAAUGUCGUCGGAGGGCUGCCCUUCGCGGUGCCUGAACCGAAAGAUGGAGCCUUGUUCCGGCGGUUGCCCCUUUUUGGAAGACAGCUUCACCCGUUUCUCCUCGCAGAGCAACGUUUAUGGGCUGGCGGCGCUGCCGGGGGCCUCUCGGGGCGGAGGGCGAGGGCAGGGGCCCGAGGAGGGCGGGGAGCCCGGCUCGGAGGGGGCCGAGGGGGGCCCUCAGCAGUGGGGCAGCCGAGGCGGGCAGGAGGAGGAGGAGGAGGGCCCCGGGGGGCUCCUGGCUGCCACUCUCAAGGGGAAGGUCAUCUAUUUCCGCUACCAAGGCCUCAGGCAGAAGCUCCGCCCGGUCGCCAGGGAGCUCCAGUUCACCUACAUCCCAGUCGAUGCUGAGAUUGUGUCUAUUGACACUUUCAAUAAGUCACCCCCCAAGAGAGGCCUAGUGGUGGGGAUUACCUUCAUUAAGGAUUCUGGAGACAAAGCCAGCCCCUUUCUUAACAUUUAUUGUGACUAUGAGCCAGGGUCUGAAUAUAACCUAGAUUCGAUUGCGCAGAGCUGUUUGAACCUGGAGCUGCAGUUUACCCCUUUUCAACUCUAUCAUGCAGAAGUCCAGGUUGGUGGGCAGCCAGAGACAGUUUUCCUUCUGAGUGGUAAUGACCCUGCUAUUCAUUUGUACAAAGAGAAUGAAGAGCUGCACCAGUUUGAGGAACAGCCAGUGGAGAACCUCUUUCCCGAACUCAAGGAGCUGCCAAGCAAUGUGCUGUGGCUAGAUGUGUACAACAUCCCAAAUUCAGGAAAGCGCCUCACAGCCUUUGGCUGCCAGAGUGGUUAUAUCCGAGUCGCCCAUGUUGAACCCUCCAGCAGAGUGGUACUACAGAGUUGGAGCAUCCAGCAAGAUGGUCCCAUCUCCAAAGUGCUGGUCUUUGCCCUGCCCACGGGCUCCUGUCUAGGAGAUCUUUCUGGAACGGCACCUUUACAUGGUAGUGCUGGCAGCCAUGCUCAGAGCCACAGCGUCCUUGUCACCAGCACUAUUGAGCUGUCGGUUGUCUACAGAAAUAUAUUGCAGCGGGGCCUUGAGGACCAGUUGAUCCUGCCCUUGAGUGAUCACUAUGACAGCGUAAUCUGUGCCCUUGUAACUGACGUUGACUUUGACUGUGAGCCUGAGAUUCUCCUUGGCACUUAUGGACAGGAGCUUUUGUGCUACAAGUACAGGUUCUCACAUGGCCAUGCGGUGGGCACAACAAAACCCCAUCCCUUUGGUCAGCCUGAUGGGGAGUUUCACCUACUCUGGCAGCGCACUUUCCCCAGUCCUCUCCUGUCCAUGGAGUAUGUGGACCUGACCAGCGAUGGGCUCUGUGAACUGGCUGUGGUGUGCUUGAAGGGGCUGCAUAUUCUCCAGCAUAGCCUCACACAGGCAGCCCAGUGUCUCUUGGAGCGGCUUCGGUUAAAGGUGGCAGGCCGCGAGGCCCAGGAAAGUAUCACUGUGCACCUUCAGGAUCCCAAGGCUGAGGAGGUUGAGGGGAAUGAAUCGAAGGAAUGAUGGAGGUGGCUGAGCCUUUAUUGCUUUUUCACUUUGUCUGGAAGAAGAGAUGAAUCCACAUGGUAUUGGCUUUCCAGAGGAACCUUCCAACUCUGUUGAAGAGUCCUAGAAGGGAACCAGAAUCAAACAGAGGGCCAUGGCAGGAAUGAGGUGAAAGGAUGCAGGGAGUCCUCUCAACUGACAUUUCUGGGAUGCCUCUCCAUGUGUAAAGAUAGCUGGACAGUAAGUGGUCUUCUUGGUACUUGGAGGCAAACCUCACUCAUGAUUCAUCUUGCAGAUUUUUGUAAUUCUUGCCUUCACCACCAAAGGUCUGCUCUGAACUUGACCUGACCAAGAACUCUGUAAAUAGAAAAUAAACUUUGUAUGAUGAGCAGUGUGGCCAUGUGAUGGACUGAAUCCUGAAAUGCCAUGAAGACAGCCAUUCCUAAUUUAUUUUAAAAUGUCUCAGUAGCCUUUCCAAGUAUUCAAAGCAGCUUGCAUCAACAAUAACAACAGCACAUUAAAAUAAAAGCCACACAGCAAAUCUCAGUAAAGCAGUCAGAAUCUUCCGCAAAGUCAUAAAGACACGGGUACUAAGCAGAAUAGCUCUGAGGGUUUUUGGUUUCAGAAAGCCGAAGGACCCCUCCCAUUGUGAGCAGGCUUACUUUGAAAUAGAUCCAGUUGUAGCUCUUGCCCCCCAUGUUCCCUCCAUUUUCUUUUCACUUUCCAAAGCUAAAUCUCAUACAGUCCUCUGUAGCUCAGUGGUAGAGCGCAUGGUUGCAGGCAGAAGGUUCCAGGUUUAGUCUUUAACAUUUUCAGGUGUGGCUGGAAAUGUGUUCCCUGGACAGACAUUGUUAAUCUGAGUACCAUUGUGUUGGGUAUGCUCUAGGAUACAGCUAUGGCUGCCAUUUUGCUUGAAUGAAAGUACCAUUCAUCACUUCUGACCACUUUCAGAGAACGGCAGGGAUGAGGAAAGCAUGCACAUGUGUGUGUGUUGGUUUCUCAACCUCCUUCUUCCAAACAUGCCUCAUCACAAAGUUGUGACAUAUGGUGACAAGAUGGGGGCUUUUUUCAUUGACACUAGACUGAGAUGCUCAUCUAGUUGAGUUGGGCAGGGAAUAUAGCUCAAUAGGAUCAGUACAUGGAUUGUGUGUCUAAAACCUCAGAUUCUUGAGUUAAAAGAAUAAUAGGGAAUUGUAAUUUUCUAAAGGAGCUUUCCCAAGGACUUGGGUAGGUGGAUAAAUAAUCGGACAUGAUAACAGGCAGCUUCUUUGGCUUGUUAGGGCGCAGCCAAAAUGUUGCCUUUUAGAGGGAAUUUUUGGCCUGGACUAACAUUAUCCAGCUGGCGUAAUUCCGCCCGCAGCCACCCCCACUGCUUCCAAUAUUCUCCCUUGGAUGUUUUCCGAUUGUUAGCCAUUAUUUUCAAAAUCUGUAUUACACUGCCAUCUUGGAAGUCUUGACGGACCAGCAAGAUCUAAUUGUUUUAAUCAAAUAAAUGAACGAAAGCAGGA